UCACAAGCUUGUUUUGCUUGAGUGAAACAGAGAGACGACAGCUGGACAUCAGUCAGCAUGCUGGGCUCUUUGAUUCUCAUGUGGAUAUGCAUCUUCUUCAUCUUCCUCCUAGUCCGGAUCCAGAGGCCGAAGAAUUUUCCUCCAGGACCUCGUCCUCUGCCAAUAUUUGGGAAUCUUCUUCAUGUGAACAUGACCAAUCCUUUGAAGGAUUUUGAAAGAUUUGCAGAACGAUAUGGAAAAAUAUUCAGUCUGUAUACUGGAUCAAGACCAACAGUUUUUCUGAAUAGUUUUGAGGUAAUUAGGGAAGCUCUGGUUACGAAGGCUAAAGACUUCUCAGGACGGCCUCAAGACUUCAUGAUCAGUCAUAUGACGGAGAAUAAAGGUGUUGUUUUGGCUGACAAUGGCCCCCGUUGGAAGGAUCAUCGACGCUUUGCUUUGAUGACCCUGAGGGACUUUGGCCUAGGGAAGCAGUCCAUGGAGGAGAGAAUUCUGGGAGAGAUUUCACACAUUGUUGCUUACUUCGACAAAAAUGCUGGAGAAACUGUGAAUCCUCAGAAUAUGUUCCACAAUGUCGCAUCAAAUGUUAUUGGCUUGGUUCUGUUCGGAUCCCGUUUUGAUUACAACAAUGAAUUCCUUCAGCGCUACGUCCAGCUCAUUACAGAGGUUUCAAAGAUGCUCAAUGGACCAUGGAACAUGAUAUAUGACACACUUCCUUUAUUGAGAAUCUUGCCCCUGCCUUUUAAAAAAGCCUUUGAUCAUGCACAGAAGUUAAAAAGUAUGAAUAGAAGUCUGAUUGCUGAACACAAGAGCACAAGAGUUCCAGGAGAGCCGAGAGACUUCAUUGACUGCUAUCUGGAUGAGCUCGAUAAGAGAAAAAAUGAUGGUUCCACCUUUUCUGAAGACCAGCUCAUCAUGAACAUUCUGGAUUUGCACUUUGCCGGGACUGAUACCACUUCCAACACUCUUCUCACUGCUUUCCUCUACCUCAUGACCCACCCAGAGGUUCAAGCAAAAUGUCAGCAAGAGAUUGAUGAUGUUCUGGCGGGUAAAGAUCACGCAUCGUAUGAAGACAGACAUGAUAUGCCGUACACAAUGGCUGUGAUUCAUGAAGUUCAGCGCGUCGCUAACACUGUACCGCUAAGUGUGUUUCACUGCACCACCAAAGACACUGAGCUGAUGGGCUACAACAUCCCGAAGGGAACUGUAAUCAUCCCCAACCUCACUAGUGUACUCAAAGAAGAAGGCCAGUGGAAGUUUCCUCAUGAGUUCAACCCAGCCAACUUCCUGAAUGAGCAGGGCCAGUUUGAGAAGCCUGAGGCCUUUAUUCCCUUCUCUAUAGGUCCUCGCGUGUGUCUCGGUGAGGGUCUUGCGCGUAUGGAGCUCUUCCUGGUCAUGGUCACUCUGUUGCGCCGUUUUCAGUUUGUGUGGCCCGAUGAUGCUGGGGAACCGGAUUACACCCCAGUGUAUGGGAUCACCAUGACGCCUAAACCCUACAGAAUGCACAUCAAGUGCAGACAGACAGUCAAACAGUAAAUCAUAAUGCCAAAUAUUUUUACACCCUGUACAGGAUAUAAUUUGAUAAGCAGAUUAUCUUUGAAUACCUAAUAUUAACUGUAGCAUUAUCUACAAAAGCACUGUGAUACUGCAUAUAAAGUUGCAGGUAAUCGAGCACAACAGUCAGGUUCUGGAGGUAAAAGUUCAGUUAUUUUUCUCCAUAACGAUAACGUAUUAAUCUUUUUAAUAUGGGCCUACCAUGAGCUUCAAAGUUGUUGAAGUGAUGAUAUAUUAUAUAAUAUGCUUUGUAUUUAAAGGAUUAGUUCACUUCUGAAUGAAAAUUUCCUGAUAAUUUACUCACCCCCAUGUCAUCUAAGAUGUUUAUGUCUUUCUUUCUCCAGUCGAAAAGAAAUUAAGGUUUUUGAGGAAAACAUUCCAGGAUUUUUCUCCAUAUAGUGGACUUCAACAGGGUACAACGGGUUAAAGGUCCAAAUUGCAGUUUCAGUGCAGCUUCAAAGGGCUCUACACGAUCCCAGACGAGGAAUAAGGGUCUUAUCUAGCGCUGGUCAUUUUCUAAAAAAAAAAUAAAAAUGUAUAUACUUGCUCUAGCUCUGCGAUCCGUCACGUGUGACCUUGUAAAGUGAUUAUGUCAUGCGUGGCGGAUCGCAGAGUUAGCGCAAGACUAGCAUUUGUGGUUAAAAGUAUAUACAUUUUUUUUUUUUUUUUUUAGAAAAUGUCUAACCUUCAACCCGGUGUACCCCACUGAAGUCCACUAUAUGGAGAAAAAUCCUGGAAUGUUUUCCUCAAAAACCUUAAUUUCUUUUUAGCUGAAGAAAGAAAGACAUAAACAUCUUGGAUGACAUGUGGGUGAGUAAAUUAUCAGGAAAUUUUAAUUAUGAAGUGAACUAAUCCUGUAAUAGCUGAAUUCCUGUUCAGCUACACUACCCAUAAUCCCAAAGUGAGCUCUGUCAAUGAAGUCACUGAAAUCCCUAUGGAGAAAAUUAAUAUUUCUGAAACCAAGGCUGCUGAAAAACUGUGGUAAUUAAUAAAAUAAAUGUCUAUUCUAGUUGUUA